AUGUCCUCCGACGAAUCCCCAUCCUCGUCCCCCUACCACCCCUCAGAUCUCCCAUCAUCAUCAUUAUCGGAUACCAUCCCAACAGACUACGAUGAAGAAGAACAACAAUCUCAACCACCUUCUACGGAUGAUGAACCUCCCAUCCCAACAACAACAACAACAGACUCCUCAAUCGACCACAAAUUCCACCUCCUCGAAAAUCGACUCUCCGGUUUCGCAGAAAGUCUUUUAGGCAUCGCGACUUGUUUGGAUAGUUUACAGCAGCAGAUUACAUCGCUAUCUUCUUCAUUAUCAUCAACUUCAACUUUUUUGCAAAAAGAGAAAUAUGAUGAUGAUGAUGAGAAUUCUCAUUCGGAAGAGGAUAAACGUGAAUUGGUUGUUGAUGAUCAAGAGCGAGAAAACCAAAAAGGGGUAAUGAUGGGAGAAGAAAAGGAGGAGUUUGGGGGAAAAGAAUCGAAUGAGGAUGAGGCGGAGGAUACGGCAGAACAGAGACCCGAAGGUGGUGGGGAUGGAAAGGUGAAUAAUGAGGGGUUUUUGGGGGAGGUGAUUAGUGGGAUUUUGAAUGGGGAUGAUGGUGAGGUGGAGUCUUGA